CUGAGCCUCUCGAAGCCCCCACUGCGGGACGAGGUGAAGCUCGACGCCGGGCCUUCCCUGUCCCCGCGAUGCUCAACAGUGGGCGAUCGAUGAUGGAUGACAGUCACUAUUUCCAGAUUUUGCUCAGCCCGAGCACAUGAGAAACGCAAACGAUCAGAAUCUGAGUCGAUCUGAGCUGAGCUUAGCAGAGCAGAGCAGAGCAGAAGAGAAAAGGCAGUCCUUAGAUCCAGUGUGCUGGAUUCGAGCACCGCAUUCUUCCAAUUACACAACGCAAACCGAAUCUUCGUCUUCCGUUCGAGCCCAGUUACAGGAGGGAGUUGUCGGUCUGCGGAUACGGGAACGAGCUAAAUUAUCGUCGAAUUUUCAGAGCCCUCGAUUAUUAUAUCAUAAAUUAUAAGCUCACGUCACUGCAGAUCUCGCCCGAGGUGCAACUGGUGGACGGACGCUUUGCAAGGCUGCUUCUUUGACUUUCGACUCGGUCCAUGAAACUAUUGCUCCAGGCCUGAGAAGUCCGGUCGAAGAGCGCGUGCACUCUCCCCGUAAUCACCGUCCACACGCAGCAAACGGGUCGUCAGGGCGGUGGCGAGCCCGAGUCGCAGUCGAGUAGCUUGCAAAGUUGAAUUGGCAAUUUGCGCUAAUCACAUGGACGAACACCGAUGAAUAGGGGAGAAGAGAAGCGAAGGCAUCGGAGGUACAAGGUCCCGGCCGACGAUCAUUCGACAGGCCAGGAAUGAUCUCGCCAGUGGCGUGUCGCUGACAGGCCGAUCCUCAAGACGGAUUGAAAGCAUGAAGAAAAGGAAAGCAAAGGGAAUCGAAGGGCGAGGGAGGAGGGCCGAGAACGAGGGAUGGAUAGGGGGGCAAGAACACGCGUUGGGUGCUGUUUCUCGAUCUGCCUUCCGACCCCGACCCGCAGGAACCGCUCCAUCUCAAAGCGAGCUAGCAGUGACAGCUGGCGCACAGCCCAGUGGGCGCUCUCGAGGCCUGUAGUGCCACGUCGAUGGCCGAGAAGCGGAACUGCCUGUUGUAGGGUGAGGUGAACGGUAGGGCAUCCUCCCAAAAGAGCUUAACUGUCAUCCCCGCCAAUGUUGACGUGUCCCAAACUGCCAAUAGCGUGCAGAGUCGAAGACCCCCGCGCUGCCAGAUCGGCCUCCCCCCGGCCGCGAAGCGUGGACGUGUAUCGGGUGGGAGCGAGACGGAUGGAUGGAUGGAUGGAGUUCGGCAUUAUCAUCUCCCGUAGUCACGGCGCUGCGGAGAAGCGCGAGCGACCGACGGAACGGAGGACACGCGGGAGCCUGUGGGAGGGACUCGCGCUCGCCGGUGGCCGGUGGUCGGGGGUGCUGUGUGCUGCGAGUGGAGUACGAAGAGAGCCAUGGAACCGACGACGACGACGACGACGGCGAGGACGAGGAGCAGGAGGAGCAGGAGGAGGAGGAGUUCUCUUAAAGGAACGCGCUGGGACGACCCUCCGCGGAGCCGCAGCCUGUCCCUCCCUUCCUCGAGUGCAGUCCGCGGAGCAGCCGCCGACGGAACGGGACACGCUAGAAGGCCCUUCUCCUUCCCCUGAACGGGACCGGACGGGCUGGCCCGACUGAGUCGGAUGGAAAGAAGACCGGCGACGCCAGCGAACCCUCCCGGCAAACCGAGCGAGAGCAGCCCGCGUGGUGAGGCCCAGUCUACUCGCCCGGUCGCCCGGUCGCUCGCUCGGCCUGCCUGCCUGCCUGCCUGCAAGGGUCAGGCGGACACGGUGGCCCGGUGCUUGGGGGUGCGGGGAAGGGGUUCGUUCAUCCGCGAGCGAAACGCGAUGUUUGCGCUGCGGAGCUCUGGCGAGGAGAGGGGAACGGAACGCCGGUGUGGGGCGCGCUCGGCUGACGACGGUUGGCACAAACGAGCAAGGAUGGGCUGGCGUCCACGCCGGCGACUGAUGCCCCUUUGCGCUGAAGCGAGGGAGGGAGGGAGGGAGGGGAGGGGCAGCGCGAGACACAGGGGCGGGGGGCCGGAGGGACGGCGGGAGGGCGGGGGGCAGGAGGGAAGAGCAUUUGAGUAAUGUGUACGCCUGGGGAUGGUGUGGGAGGAUUUAGCGCGGAUCGAUGGCGCAUGGGGGAGGGGGAGACUGGAGCUCUGCCGCAGGCCGAUGAUGGCGGGGUGGCGCUGCUGAUGAGUAUAUACAACUCCUACAGUCCCCGGGUCAGAUCUCCUUAUUAGCUCAUAUUCGCCCCACAUCUCUCCUUCUCUCCCUCCCCCUUGCUCUCUCCUCUUCUCUCUUUUUGCUGCGG